CAAGGAUAAAUCUGAUGAUUAUUGUUAUCUUGUUGCUAUUUCAGUUCUGCAAAAAAAUCGAUGAAUAUUUUCUGAUGAAAUACAUUGUCGUAAUGUACUUUUUCAUCAAUCUUAGUAUUUAUUGUCAGUUUGAACCUUCCAAUAUCAACAACCGAAAUACUACUGAUACCGGUAAAACAUCUCGUUAGAUUCUGUAUAACACCACAAAAAACCAUUACUUAUCAUGGAAAAAUACUUUGCACGCUAACUGUUCAUGUGAAAAUGAAGGACGUACUUUAAUAUGUAUCUUGGAUGUGAGAAAUACAGUCUGCAGAAAACCUUAAAAAGAGAAUGAAAGGAUCCGUGGAUAGAGGUUGGGCUUGGAUUGUAUUAGCAGCAUGUUUUCUAAGAGCAUUCAUGGUGAUUGGCAUAGACAAAGCAUUUGGGAUGUUUUUCGUAGAAUAUAUUGAAGCCUUCGAAAGUGAUGCAUCAACGGUAUCUGUUGUAAUUUCAACACAACAAAUUAUGUAUAGCGUGUUUUCAUUCUUGAUACUGACCUUUGGAAAUAGAUUCUUUACUUUCCGACCUAUAAUAAUACUUGGGUCUGUUCUUAUGGCAGCGGGAUAUUUCCUAAAUGCAUAUGCACCAAAUGUACAAUUCUUAUUCCUGUCACAAGGAGUAUUAUUUGGUAUUGGCCAUGCUGCAUCAGCCGGGCCUUCUGUAGUAGUACUUAACUCAUAUUUUGACAAAAGAAGAGGUCUAGCCAACAGUUUAGCAAACUCUGGUGGUAGUCUAGGAGGACUUUUGCUUCCCCUGAUUAUACAGGCUCUUUUAGAAACGUAUGGACUACAAGGUGCUCAAAUUGUAGUUUCAGGGAUGCUUUUAAAUAUUGUUGUUUUUGGUGCAUUGUUAAGACCAUUGACAAACACUGUUCCACAAGAUAAAUUGAAUUUGGAAGUAAAGGUAGAAGAGGAUGAUGAGUCUAAAAAUGGAAACCACAUUAAAACUAACCUGAAUCAAGAAGAUAUGUAUUUCUCUGCUGACGAUAUAAGUAGAAAACUUAACCAAUCAGAAAAGGAAAAAAACGAAAACGAAAGGCUUUUGAUUGAACUUCCGCCUCCGAAUACUCAUUACAGGAAGAGGACGUUUUCAGAAAACUUACAUGAAUAUCGUGUUUCAACGGUCCCUCAUCAAACCGGGAGUCCGGAUUCAGCUGAUACGUCGAAGUUUGCGAAUUUGUCGGCCAUUUAUGGUAGUUUAGCGGAUGUGUCUUCCUCUGUGCAAAGUGUUUGCCUUGCAAAAAAUGUGGAAGUAACUAAACGAGAAAUAGAAGAUGAUGAAACUAAAACUGAAACUUGUUUUUCUAAGUACAUCUUGAGUGUUAUAAAUUUCAAGAUUUUACGAAAUCAUCAUUUGAAGCUGUUGUACCUUUUAGGUUUUCUCGCAAUUUUUAGUGCUAGAUUACAAUUGGCAUAUAUUCCACCAUACGCACGAGACUGUGGAAUUUCAGGCAGAGAAAUUUCAUACUUAGUGACCAUCAUUGGCACAUGUGACUUCUUUGGAAGGUUCGGAGUUGCUUUAAUUAUCGACUCCAAACGAGUGAAACUAAGUUCUAUUAUAUCAACAUCACUUUUCAUAAUGGGAGUAACAUGUAUGUGUAAUUCUUUUAUUCAUGAUUUCCACACAUUUAUAGCAUAUUGUGUUAUAUAUGGAUUAUUUGGUGGACUGUAUAAUUCCGUGGUAGCACUUUUACUGGUUGAUGCUGUAGGUCCAAAGAAUUUGUCAACUGCUUUGGCAUUUGUACUCCAGGUUCACGGAGUUUCAACAUCAGCAAUGGCGCCGAUUCUAGGUUACAUAAGAGACAGUACAGGAUCGUACACCGGAUCGUUCUACAUAAUGGGAGUUGGUAAUUUAUUGUCGGCGCUAUUAUUGUUGUUCGGUUUACCAAUAGCCAAGAAAAUGGAAUUGAGACGACAACAACGAUGUUUGUCUGAGACAACCAAGACUGACCAAUCAGCAGAGACAAUCAAGACUGACCAACCAGCAAUAGCUUAAUAUUAGAAUAAGUGUUCAUGACAUAACAAUUAAUUUGGAAGGCAAAGGUCUGACAGGAAAUUUCCAAAGAAUUACUGUUUUAUCAUAUAUUGUGCUGGUUCGUCAUAUAUAUCUAUAUAUUUUGACAUGUUUGUAGAUCAUGACUUUUAUUUUCAGUGUUGCAUUUAUCAGCCAUGCUAUACUUAUAGUACUUAUUUUAAUAAUGAUAAAGCGUUAAAAAAUAAUAUGUGUAUUUUCUAUGACAUCUUUGAAAAAAAUAAGGGGAAAGGUAGGGAUUGUUUUUUUAAUUUACCAUUUGUUUUACAUUGGGUCUAUUGUAGGGACAUUCUGACUUUAACGGUGCUUAUUGAAAAAUGCAAAAAAAAACCUUUAGGGUAGGCUAUUUUUUAGUUUCAAAAUAUGAAGGAUAGGGUAAUAGGAGACACACAUAUUUUUUUAUUUGGCCUUAGUUCAGUGUUCAUCAAACAAUUUGUUUGUUUGCUAAGUUAUAUCUAUACUAUUUAUACAUGUUUUAUACUUUAUUUAAGUUAGCAGAUAUAUGUGUCCUGUUUUUAAUAAAAUUCAAAGUUAGCUUUAAAUAAACUGUAUUAAUUAAUUGAAAGUUGAAUACUCGAACUCAAUAGAUGAAAAACAAAACAGCCUCUCGUCAAUACUAUUGAUAUUAAAGGGGCAUUAGCUGUCAAAUUCAUGUUCAGAGAUAUGACACAAAUUCUCAUAUUUGAUUUAUUAUAUACACGUACUAAAACGUAUAUCCAAGUCAUAAAAAGUCCAAAAUAAACUACUUAUUUGGCAG